ACUCCGUAAAAAAGGUGGGAUGUGUAAAACAUUCCUUCCUUUUCACAGACGAAAGUUCCCUUGUUCCAGCUACAGAAACAAACCACCCUAUUUCCUUUUAUCAUUUAGAAUACAAAAGGAAUCUUUAAUCUGUUUUUCCCUCUUUCUCUCUCCCCUAUCAGCUCUCAAUUAUGCUUAAUUCAACCGUUAAUUCUUCUGAUUUCUCACCUUUUUCUGCUCUAUAAUUCCUCGAUUUCUCAUUUCUUGAUUUCUUCACUUUUUAGGGAAGGUUUUUUUUUUUUUUUUUUUUUUUUUUUUUUUUUUUUUUCGUUUUGGUACUCGAAUAUGAAAUUGAAGCCUUUCUAAUUGAUUCCGAUUAUAACAAAAUACUUAAUUGAGGUUUUUUUUUUUUAUUUUGUUGAUUUUAUUUUUGUUUUGAGUAAAUUGAAGUGUCUGAGUAGCGAAAAUGGAGAAAUAUGAGUUAGUGAAGGACAUAGGAUCUGGAAACUUUGGUGUUGCUCGUCUUAUGAGGGAUAAGGAAACCAAAGAGCUUGUCGCCAUGAAAUACAUCGAGCGUGGUCCUAGGAUUGAUGAGAAUGUUGCAAGAGAGAUCAUAAAUCACAGAUCGCUUCGGCAUCCCAAUAUUAUUCGGUUUAAAGAGGUUAUAUUGACCCCUACACAUCUUGCUAUAGUCAUGGAAUAUGCUGCAGGAGGUGAGCUUUUUGAACGAAUCUGCAACGCUGGAAGGUUCAGCGAGGACGAGGCUAGAUAUUUCUUCCAACAACUUAUAUCAGGUGUCAGCUAUUGUCAUACGAUGCAAAUAUGUCAUAGAGACUUGAAGCUGGAGAAUACCCUUUUGGAUGGAAGCCCUGCACCUCGCUUGAAAAUCUGUGAUUUUGGAUACUCAAAGUCAUCACUUUUACAUUCAAGACCCAAGUCGACUGUUGGAACUCCCGCAUACAUUGCUCCAGAGGUUCUCUCACGCCGUGAAUAUGAUGGCAAAAUGGCUGAUGUGUGGUCAUGUGGCGUUACACUUUAUGUCAUGUUGGUUGGAGCUUAUCCUUUUGAAGAUCAGGAAGAUCCAAAAAAUUUCAGGAAGACCAUUAAUAGAAUAAUGGCAGUUCAAUAUAAGAUUCCAGAUUAUGUUCAUGUUUCACAAGACUGCAAACAGCUUCUUGCUCGUAUAUUUGUUGCCAAUCCGUCUAGGAGGAUCUCCAUCAAAGAUAUUAAAGCCCAUCCCUGGUUUCUAAAGAACUUGCCGAGGGAGCUCACAGAAGCACAUCAAGUCGCAUAUUAUCGGAGGGAAAAUCCAACAUUCUCUCUCCAAAGUGCGGAGGAAAUUAUGAAGAUCGUUGAGGACGCGAAGAAGCCACCUUCUGUCUCGCGUUCUGUUGGACCCUUUGGUUGGGGUGCAGAAGAAGAUGGUGACGAGAAGGAAGAGGCUUCCCAUGAGGAAGAGGGAGAAGAAGAAGAAGAGGAGGAAGAGGAAGAGGAAGAUGAGUACGAGAAGACUGUAAAAGAGGUGCAGGCAUGGAAAAUUUAAGUCUGAAUGAGUAAAUUUGUAUUCAAGAAUGAGGAGCAUGUUUGAAAAUUUUAGUACCAGUUUUAAGAGUGAGUUUCAUCUUGAGAUUAAAAAAGGUAAUAGUUUGUUAAGGUUGUUUGAUCAAGUUCAGGAAAGUUAUGUCAUUUGAGUCUAGUCCAACUCGGGAUCUCUUCAAAAUAAGGGUUUGUAAAUAAACUUGUGUAAUUGGUAAUAGGGGUAUAUGAGUUUAACUGUAAGACGGGGUUAAGUUUUGGUCUGCGCUUUGUAAAAUUAAGAGCCUUCUAUUUGUGAAGGUUGUUAUAUUUCUGUGAACCUAAUAAAAUAGUCAUGAAGGUGUGAAUGUGUGACUUAAGCAGCUGAGUUUGUUAUAGAAAGAAGGCGUUGGAUUGUAA